AAACCACUUGGGAUGAAUCAGCCACCGGACCAGAUAAACAAGCCAGCCUGUUACUAUUGCUGUUUUCUGCAAGUCGGAAGGGAACUCCCUUAGAUCCCGCCCAGAACCUGGAAUUCCAGAGCACACAGGGCCAGGACACCUUUGUACCCCUGCUCCCCACCGGCACAGGUCCCACCCACCCCCUUCUCCCCGCCCCAUGCCCGGGUGGAGCCAGCUGCCAGGGCGCCAAGACUCCCAGCCCUCUCUCUGUGCACGGCAGAGUAGAGGCCAAGGGAGGGCUCUGUGCCAGCCCCGAUGAGGACGCUGCUGACCAUCUUGACUGUGGGAUCCCUGGCUGCUCACGCCCCUGAGGACCCCUCGGAUCUGCUCCUGCACGUGAAAUUCCAGUCCAGCAACUUUGAAAACAUCCUGACGUGGGACAGCGGGCCGGAGGGCACCCCAGACACGGUCUACAGCAUCGAGUAUAAGACGUACGGAGAGAGGGACUGGGUGGCAAAGAAGGGCUGUCAGCGGAUCACCCGGAAGUCCUGCAACCUGACGGUGGAGACGGGCAACCUCACGGAGCUCUACUAUGCCAGGGUCACCGCUGUCAGUGCGGGAGGCCGGUCAGCCACCAAGAUGACUGACAGGUUCAGCUCUCUGCAGCACACUACCCUCAAGCCACCUGAUGUGACCUGUAUCCCCAAAGUGAGAUCGAUUCAGAUGAUUGUUCAUCCUACCCCCACGCCCAUCCAUGCAGGGGACGGCCACCGGCUAACCCUGGAAGACAUCUUCCAUGACCUGUUCUACCACUUAGAGCUCCAGGUCAACCGCACCUACCAAAUGCACCUUGGAGGGAAGCAGAGAGAAUAUGAGUUCUUCGGCCUGACCCCUGACACAGAGUUCCUUGGCACCAUCAUGAUUUGCGUUCCCACCUGGUCCAAGGAGAGUGCCCCCUACAUGUGCCGAGUGAAGACACUGCCAGGAGAGGCCUUGCCAGCCCAGCCGGAGAGGGUUUUCAGCAUCCACAUGUGCGGCCAGACCCAACCGGGCCCAGGCAUAGCCCAGCCUCACGCUUCCUUCUCUGGCCCCUUUGGUUUCCCAGACCGGACGUGGACCUACUCCUUCUCCGGAGCCUUCCUGUUCUCCAUGGGCUUCCUCGUCGCAGUACUCUGCUACCUGAGCUACAGAUAUGUCACCAAGCCGCCUGCACCUCCCAAUUCCCUGAACGUCCAGCGAGUCCUGACUUUCCAGCCGCUGCGCUUCAUCCAGGAGCACGUCCUGAUACCUGUCUUUGACCUCAGCAGCCCCAGCAGUCUGGCCCAGCCUGUCCAGUACUCCCAGAUCAGGGUGUCUGGACCCAGGGAGCCCGCAGGAGCUCCACAGCGGCACAGCCUGUCCGAGAUCACCUACUUAGGGCAGCCAGACAUCUCCAUCCUCCAGCCCUCCAACGUGCCACCUCCCCAGAUCCUCUCCCCACUGUCCUAUGCCCCAAACGCUGCCCCUGAGGUCGGGCCCCCAUCCUAUGCACCUCAGGUGACCCCCGAAGCUCAAUUCCCAUUCUACGCCCCACAGGCCAUCUCUAAGGUCCAGCCUUCCUCCUAUGCCCCUCAAGCCACUCCGGACAGCUGGCCUCCCUCCUAUGGGGUAUGCAUGGAAGGUUCUGGCAAAGACUCCCCCACUGGGACACUUUCUAGUCCUAAACACCUUAGGCCUAAAGGUCAGCUUCAGAAAGAGCCACCAGCUGGAAGCUGCAUGUUAGGUGGCCUUUCUCUGCAGGAGGUGACCUCCUUGGCUAUGGAGGAAUCCCAAGAAGCAAAAUCAUUGCACCAGCCCCUGGGGAUUUGCACAGACAGAACGUCUGACCCAAAUGUGCUACACAGUGGGGAGGAAGGGACACCACAGUACCUAAAGGGCCAGCUCCCCCUCCUCUCCUCAGUCCAGAUCGAGGGCCACCCCAUGUCCCUCCCUUUGCAACCUCCUUCCCGUCCGUGUUCCCCCUCGGACCAAGGUCCAAGUCCCUGGGGACUGCUGGAGUCCCUUGUGUGUCCCAAGGAUGAAGCCAAGAGCCCAGCCCCUGAGACCUCAGACCUGGAGCAGCCCACAGAACUGGAUUCUCUCUUCAGAGGCCUGGCCCUGACUGUGCAGUGGGAGUCCUGAGGGGAAUGGGAAAGGCUUGGUGCUUCCUCCCUGUCCCUACCCAGUGUCACAUCCUUGGCUGUCAAUCCCAUGCCUGCCCACGCCACACACUCUGCGAUCUGGCCUCAGACGGGUGCCCUUGAGAGAAGCAGAGGGAGUAGCAUGCAGGGCCCCUGCCAUGGGUGCGCUCCUCACCGGAGCAAAGCAGCAUGAUAAGGACUGCAACGGGGGAGCUCUGGGGAGCAGCCUGUGUAGACAAGCGCGUGCUCGCUGAGCCCUGCAAGGCAGAAAUGACAGUGCAAGGAGGAAAUGCAGGGAAACUCCCGAGGUCCAGAGCCCCACCUCCUAACACCAUGGAUUCAAAGCGCUCAGGGAAUUUGUCUCUCCUUGCCCCAUUCCUGGCCAGUUUCACAAUCUAGCUCGACAGAGCAUGAGGCCCCUGCCUCUUCUGUCAUUGCUCAAAGGUGGGAAGAGAGCCUGGAAAAGAACCAGGCCUGGAAAAGAACCAGAAGGAGGCUGGGCAGAACCAGAACAACCUGCACUUCUGCCAAGGCCAGGGCCAGCAGGAUGGCAGGACUCUAGGGAGGGGUGUGGCCUGCGGCUCAUUCCCAGCCAGGGCAACUGCCUGACGUUGCACGAUUUCAGCUUCAUUCCUCUGAUAGAACGAAGCGAAAUGCAGGUCCACCAGGGAGGGAGACACACAAGCCUUUUCUGCAGGCAGGAGUUUCAGACCCUAUCCUGAGAAUGGGGUUUGAAAGGAAGGUGAGGGCUGUGGCCCCUGGACGGGUACAGUAACACACUGUACUGAUGUCACAACUUUGCAAGCUCUGCCUUGGGUUCAGCCCAUCUGGGCUCAAAGUCCAGCCUCACCACUUACAAGCUGUGUGACUUCAAACAAAUGAAAUCAGUGCCCAGAACCUCGGUUUCCUCAUCUGUAACGUGGGGAUCACAACACCUACCUCAUGGAGUUGUGGUGAAGAUGAAAUGAAGUCACGUCUUUAAAGUGCUAAUAGUGCCUGGUACAUGGGCAGUCCCCAAUAAACGGUAGCUAUUU